AUCAUCAACCACUAUAAAAUUUUCUAAGCAAGAGACUGUGAGAACUCCGAUCUUUUUUCUAAGAUUCUCAAAUCAACAAAAACAAAAUGGCUUUUUGGUCUGCUGAAAAUGCUACUAAAGCCUACCUUACUACUUUGAAAAUGGAUCAAAGAACAAAAGAACCAAACGUGGCUGAGUUCAUAUCGGCUCUAGCCGCCGGAAAUAACGCAAGAAAGAUCGUCGUGGCUUGUGCCGGUGCAGCAAACGCUGACAUACUCGUUGCCCUAAUUGCUGCGGCUAGUCAAACGCGUGGUCAAGUGGUAUGCAUUUUACGUGGCAUUGAAGAACUAAUCAUAUCCAAGAAAAUGUUGGAACCAUCAGAGAUUCAUCAGAUACAAUUCGCAGUAGGAGAAUCUAACGGCAACACUCUAAUAAAUAAUCAUUUCGGAGAAGCCGAUUUCGUUCUAGUCGAUUGUAACCUCGAGAACCACCAAGACAUUGUUAGAAAGAUCGUUAAUCACCAUGAAGAAAACGCAAGAACCGGAGGUGGGAGCGGUGUGGCGGUUGUGGUGGGCUAUAACGCGUUUUCGAGAGGAUCAUGGAGGUUUAGCGAUGGGAGGAGAACGCAGUUUUUGCCUAUAGGUGAAGGGUUGCUGGUGACGAGAGUCAACGAUACUGGUAGUCACAACCAGAAGAUGAUGAAUAAGAACAAUGAUCAUCAUCAUCAACAUGAGCAUGUGAGAAAGAGUCAUUGGGUGGUGAAAGUUGAUAAGUGCACAGGAGAGGAGCAUGUGUUUAGAGUUAGGGCUCCACGAGGAGAAGCCAUUAUUGGAGCUUAAUUUAUAUCUUAUGUAUAUUAUUGGUUAUUUUAGAGCAAAAAUCACCUCUGUGAUGGUUCAGACGAGUGAGAGUAGUAAGAAGAUUAGUUAUUUUCUAUAAGUAAUUAAAAAAGAGUUUUGAUUAGUAUUGGAGUGUAUGUUUGUAUGAAUAGAAUGACUUUUUUUCUUUUUGUAAGUGUGAAUAUGAAGAGAAGUGUUUCGUUUUU